UCAGUUCAUCAGAAAUUACACCAAAAGAGAACAGGAGUCAUACGCAGGCGCCGGAAGUGUUGCCGAGGAAGUCCUCUCCUGUAUCCGAACUGUCAUCUCGUUCAAUGGACAGCGACAAGAGCAAGUCAGAUAUGAGAGAGCGUUGACGGAGAGUAAGAAGAUCGGUGUCCGUAAGACAGUGGUCCAGGGCCUGAUGAUUGGUUCCAUCAUGUUCUUCAUGUUCGGAUCUUACGCCCUCGCCUUCUGGUACGGAUCGGAACAGGUUAAGGACUGGUACCAUACUUACUGUGCCGCUGAGAGGGAGGGGAUAAGUCCUGGAGAAGUCCUUACGGUAUUCUUCUGCGUGAUGAUUGGUUCCUUUUCUAUUGGAAAUGCUGCUCCUCAUCUUGGUUCAAUAUUUGGCGCCAAAGGUGCCGCCGCUGUAGUCUUUGAAACCAUUGACAAUGUACCCACGAUAGAUGCUACAGUUGAUAAGGGACAGGUACCCAGUUCACUAGAAGGUGACAUCGACUUUGUUGGAGUAGAGUUCACCUAUCCUACACGAGAGGAGGUCAAGGUAUUAAAGAACUUUAACCUGAAUAUAGGGCACGGUAAGACCGUGGCGUUGGUGGGAGCCAGCGGUUGUGGGAAAUCAACGGUCGUCAAACUUAUCCAGAGAAUGUAUGACCCACAGAACGGAAGGGUUUUAUUAGACGGCAACGAUUUAAAAAAUCUGAACACCAACUGGCUCCGAAACAACAUCGGUGUGGUAUCCCAGGAACCAGUCCUGUUUGCCAUGACUAUCGCCGAGAACAUCAAACUGGGGAAUCCUGACGCCACAAUUCAAGAAAUAGAGGAGGCAGCGAAGGCAGCUAAUGCGCAUGACUUCAUCACUCAAUUACCAAAUGGUUAUCGGACUUUGGUCGGAGAGAGAGGGGCCCAGUUAUCUGGAGGACAGAAACAGAGGGUCGCCAUUGCCAGAGCUCUCAUCAGAAACCCACGAGUUCUCCUUCUGGACGAGGCCACGUCAGCCCUAGACUCCGAGAGCGAGAAAAUUGUCCAAAAAGCAUUGGAUAAAGCUCGGCUUGGUCGAACAACAGUUAUGAUAGCUCAUCGUCUGACUACAGUCCAAAACGUGGACAUGAUUUACGUGGUGGACAAAGGGGAGAUAAUUGAGUCCGGAACACAUACUGAGCUCAUGAAGAAGGAGGAAUUUUACUACCAACUCGUGCAGGCCCAAUCAUUAGAAUCUGAUGAUGAGGAAAAUGAGAAUGAAGAAGAAUCUGGUCCAGAAAAGCGCGCCUAUAAACGUCAAAGGUCACGUGUGUCAACUUCGGAAAAGGGAGACCACCUAGUAAAGAGUCAGAUCUCUCGGCAGAUAUCGGCUUCUGAAAAGACAAAACAAGAAGAGGAAGAAAAGAAAGAGGAAGAAGAGGAGGAAUUCGAAAAGCCAAAGUAUUUCCGAAUCUUACGUGAGAAUUUCCCAGAAUGCCCUUUUCUGAUUUUUGGCACAUUGUUUUCUGCUAUCCAAGGUUCCACAAUGCCGCUGUUUGCAUUGUUUUUCGGAGAAAUGAUAAAGGUCUUUAUAGAUAUUGACGGGACAGAUAACGUCCUAUGGAGCUUAAUGUUCCUGGCUCUUGGAGGGUUGAACUUUAUGUGUCAUUUCUUCAUGAACGUUAAUCUUGGUAUAGCCGGCGAGCGAAUGACGUUUAGACUGAGAUUGAAGUCCUUUAAGGCGUACUUAAGACAGGAUGCCUCCUAUUUUGACGACCCGAAGCAUGGUACAGGUGCUCUCACGACGCGAUUGGCUACUGAUGCCUCUCUUAUAAAAACGGCAACGGGUUUCAGAAUAGGCACAAUCCUGUCCUCCAUUGUGAGUCUAGUGGCGGCCCUGGUAAUAGCAUUUUACUACGGCUGGAAAUUGGCGCUAGUUGUCCUCGCAGGAGUUCCCAUAUUAAUGUUGUCAAGUAGUUUACAGAUCAAGGUCGUCAUGGGGAAACAUAAAGAAGAUCAAAGUAAUUUAGAGGAUGCUGGCAAGGUGGCCAGUGAAACAAUUGACAACAUCAGAACGGUGCAGUCUCUAACCAGAGAAAAAUAUUUCUACGACCUCUACGCGGCUAAAUUAGAGAAUCCUCUAAAGUCCAGUCUUAAACAAGCUCAGAUCUACGGGUUUGCCUACGGGUUUUCACAAUGUGUUGUGUUUGCUAUGUAUGGCGGUUCCUUCCGAUUCGGUGCCUGGCAAGUGAGCCUAGGAGAAAUGGCACCGGAGGAUGUGUACAAAGUCUUUUUUGCCAUUGCGUUUACUGGAAUGACAAUUGGACAGGCCAGUUCCUUUUUACCUGAUUACUCCAAAGCUCAGCAUGCUGCUGGACUGAUAUUCAAGAUACUGGAAACCAUUCCAGGCAUAGAUAUCUACUCCCAACGCGGGACGUAUCUGAACAAUGUAGACGGUCGAAUCGUCUUUAAGAACGUGUCCUUUAACUACCCUAUGAGGCCAGAUGUGCGGGUGUUGAAAUCGUUAAGUUUGACGGUGGAGCCCGGGCAGACAGUGGCGUUAGUGGGGCCGAGUGGAUGUGGAAAAUCUACAGCUAUAUCUCUGCUACAACGGUUCUAUGACGUCCAGGAUGGACAAAUAAAUGUCGACGGUAUAGACAUCCGGGAUUUAAAUCUCUCCCGUCUCCGUUCAUUUAUUAGCGUGGUCAGCCAAGAACCGAUUUUGUUUGACUGCAGCAUCCGGGAGAACAUUUCUUAUGGUGUAGAUUCCGAUGUAGGAAUGGACGACGUCAUCGAGGCAGCAAGGAAGGCUAAUAUCCAUGACUUUAUCACACAACUUCCGGCUGGCUAUGAGACGGUUGUAGGAGAGAAGGGAACACAGCUUUCCGGAGGACAGAAGCAGAGAGUGGCUAUAGCACGUGCCAUCGUGCGUAACCCAAAAAUACUUCUCCUUGACGAGGCAACGUCAGCGCUUGACACAGAGUCCGAAAAGCAAGUUCAGGCGGCUUUGGACGCCGCCCAAGAGGGCAGGACAUGUAUUGUGAUAGCACAUCGUCUGUCAACAAUACAGAAUUGUGACGUCAUCUAUGUGAUCGAUGAUGGACAGGUGGUGGAGAGCGGAUCACAUCAUGCGUUGUUAUCAUUAAAGGGAGUUUACUCUGCUUUAGUCAGUGCGCAGCAGUUUACAAAGUAAACGACGUUAAAGAAUGACUUGGAGCUUCUAAACGAAUAAAAGUUUCUUUAAGAGUGUACUACAAUCAGGGAUGAUGUGAUACUUGUGAGGUGUGAAAGAUGCAUACUUGUUAAAUAUGUUGAAUUUAUUUGUUAAUGACUUGGACGUUAUUUUCAAAUAUGUCUUGAACAAAACUAAUUUUAUAGCA